AUGCCAAUUACGUUCUGCUUCAACAAUCAACAGGAUGUAAAAGUUUGCACAACUGGUUUUCCAAUGGGUUGCUAUGUGGAUGCAAAUGGACAACCACGUGACGCUUGCGUCAUUGAUCCACGUUUCAACGUACCAGACAGCUAUUACAUUUUCAAUCAUGUCGACAUCACAAUUGAAUAUCGUGACAUGACUCAGGAUCAAAAUUUUUUGGAUGGAGAACAGGAAGAUGCCCAAGAGGAGUUUGGAUGGAAAUUAGUUCACGGAGAUGUGUUUCGACCUCCGAGAAAUGCCAUGAUGUUAUCGGUUUUCAUUGGAGCAGGAUGUCAGACGUUGCUCAUGGUGUCCAUCACGCUUGUAUUCGCUUGUCUCGGAUUCCUAUCGCCAGCAAAUCGUGGAGCGCUCAUCACUUUUGCCCUGGUAUUCUACGUGCUGUUCGGAAUAGUUGCCGGCUAUGUUGCGGCUCGCUUGUACAAAACAUUCCAAGGCGUGCACUGGAAGACAAAUGUGAUACUUACUAGUUUCUUGAUUCCUGGAAUACUCUUCUCUGUGUUCUUCUUCACCAACAUUCUACUCUGGAUAAAAGGAUCAUCAGCAGCAGUUCCAUUUGGAACUCUCUUGGCCCUCCUGUCACUUUGGCUGUUCAUCUCCACUCCAAUGACGUUUAUAGGAGCGUUCUUCGGUUUCAAAAAGAGGGCGAUUGAGGCUCCCGUUCGUACGAAUCAGAUCCCACGUCAAGUUCCUGAACAAAGUAUCUAUACGAAACCACUUCCUGGAAUGCUUAUGGGCGGAAUACUUCCAUUCGGGUGUAUCUUCAUUCAGCUAUUUUUCAUCCUUAACAGUAUCUGGGCUCAUCAAACCUACUACAUGUUUGGUUUCCUUUUCGUCGUGUUUUUGAUUCUGAUUAUUACUUGCUCCGAAGCCACCAUUCUCCUUGCAUAUUUCCAUUUAUGCGCUGAGGCAAGUUAUAUUUCUAUAAAUCUUUAUGAUUCCUAA